UUGUUUGUAUGGAAGGAUUCAAGUAGUGACUUUUUUCUUGGGCAGCGAGCGCACUGUGAAAGGCGGGGAAGGGGAGAGAGGGGAGGGGCGCAGGAGGGGAACCAAGGGAACCAACCAACCACAGGAGUCAUUAGGUGCACGCGAUGAGUCGUACUCGCUGAUCAAGAAUCAUCUGUCGUGAAAAAUCACAUCGCUCGUCCUGCUUCAAAUAUUCAAGUCCAAACAUCGUCUGCAGUCUUCACGGCCCACGGCUCAUCUUAUAAACAACAUUGUCACAUUUCCAAGUUUAUCUCUCCUGACAGAUCAAGAAUGUUUCGUCAUCUCUCAUCCAAGGUACUGGGCAUACCUGGUCGCACUCACAGCACAACUGCCUCUUCCAAAGGGGGCAAGUGGAACCUUGUUUCUUCAGUCUGUCUGCAACGGAAACCCAUUAUUAACAAAGAGAUGAAAGACAUCGAGAAGCAGGUGCAAAACUUACUAUUUCAAGUUGAAAAAGAAACAUCCUGGAAGUGUGAUUGGGAGCUGGAGAUUGAGAAGGAUUUGAAACAUUUGCAACAGAUUAAAGAGUCUAAGAAUGCCAAGGCUUCUGAUGGAACUUUGAAAGUUGGACUCAAGCUUCGCAGAGAUUGGGAAGAUGAAUGGAAAGCAGAACUCUCAAAUUUUUCGCUGCAACCGCGUGUCACAGAAGCAGACAAGAAGAAUAAUGUCAAAUCAUGGCAUCGCCUCCUGGAUAGUACAUUAAUUUUUGUUGUUCAAAGUGAGGACAGUGGUAACCGUUGGGUUUUGCCCUAUGGUAGUCGUUUGGAAGGGGAGACUAUGCGACAGGCAGCUGAAAGAGUUCUGAGAGAAAGCUGUGGAGCAAACUUAAAAGCUCAAUUUUAUGGUAAUGCACCAUGUGGCUACUAUAAGUUUAAAUAUCCUAAAGCUAUUAGAGAAAAGAUGGGUGUGGAGGGUGACAAGGUGUUCUUUUAUAAAGCAUAUUUAACUGGUGGUGAUGUUAAAUCAAGUACUGCUUUAAAAGAUUUCAAAUGGGUUCCUCGCAAUCAACUUAGUUCAACAUUAUCAGCAGAUUACGGUCAGUCAGUUGAGAUGUUCUUAUUUGAUGAAAAUUAGUAAUAUAUGUCGGUAAUUUGGGUUUUGUAAAUAACAGAAUAAAAGAAACUCCAACUGGU